AUGAAGGUGAGUGUGGAGAUAAUAACAGGGACAUUUAUAGAUACGGAGGUGAGUGAAAAUGCGACGGUGAAGGAAUUAAAGGAGAAGAUUGCGACGGAGGUGAAAUUAUCGGUAAAGCGUUUGAUACUUGUGAUCGGAGAUGAAGAGGAGAGAAGAAUGGUGAUGGAAAAUGAAGAUGAAAUGAUGUUGAUAGAUUUAGGAGUGAGAGAAGAUUCUCGUGUAUAUUUGUUCUUUAAGCAUCCUGAUUUGGUUUACAAGGAAGAGAGAUCUCAAGAUGGUGAGGAUGAUGCUUCUAUUGAGGAGGUUUCGUCGUCGGAAGCAGAGAGUAAAAGAGGAAACGGAGAAGAAGAGGAAGAGGAAGAGGCAACGGAGAAAAUAGACGGUGAAGAGGAAGAUAAAGCGUUAAAGAAUGAAGAAAAAGAAGAAGAUAGAGAAGAACAGAAGAGGAAUGGAGAGGAAACAAAGGAUGAUGAUAAUUAUGAUGUUGAUGAUGGACAAAAGAAAGCAAGAGAGAGUGAAGAAGGAAAUAAUAAUGUGGAAACCUAG